UACCCCAACCUAAUAACUAUGUAUUGCAUUAGCAGCAUUACGUACCCUGUCUAACAAAAGAAUUCCAUCCAAAUUGUAAGGACUGGACACUGUUGUGUUCUUCUACCUUUAAACUCCCCCAAGGGCCCAAGGUAAUAGCUCGAGCCAUGUCGUUGCCAGAUUUGACUAUUGUUUGCCAUGUUAAUGGAGAUAGCCAUUCAUUUGACCUUUCGAAAAAUAGGCUUCUUACCGUCUCACUGAAUUGCCAUACGAAUUUAUUACGACUCCCAAGAUAUUCAUACGGAUGAUCUGCUUACAACCAACUGCGCGCAUCCUAAAACAUUAACGUGAGGUAAUGCCUUCUUAUUAUUACCACAUCAAGUUCGAGAUAUAUCCCACGCCGAGGCCUACAUCCAGUGAUACUGGAAAGGGUUUGAAUUUACAUGGCGGUCCACUCUGGCUUCCAACCAAGACAUCGAAUAUAUUCGAAAAUCUCCCGGCGCAUCCUCGAACAGAGACGGCCAUACCAGCUCGCACCAGUAAGGCAUCUUACGGCCGACAACGAGAAAGUAGCCUAAAAACGCAAGCCAAAGUUGACCCAAGUGUCAUCGACUGUGGUGCUCCUCGACCAUCUGAAGCCCGAGACGACCGAAAUAUCAUACGACUCAGCCAGAGGCAACACCGAGAACGAACCCUCAGUUUUCCUCCUCCCCAGUCCUACGUAGCCAUAAAUCCGCGCACCGCAGUUAAGGAUUGGCGUUUCGGACAACUUAAGGUCGAGAGUAUAGACGUGGACACAUUCGAACACCAGAGCAUCAUGCAAUCUUCCUCAGCCGCCGCCGCAGUCGGCCCUUCUAUGGGAGGCGCAGGCAAGUCUACAAAGGCGAAAUACGUCCCAUUAACUACUUCGAAGAAUACCGAAUUAGGUUGGGGUAUCGUUCAUCUCUACCGAGAAGAGGCAGAAAGUCAUGAACUUACUCUAUCUCCCGAGCAUUUGUCGGACGCCGAUGAGGGACAAGAUGGCGCUCAGGUCGAUUGUACGACAGUCUGUAUUCCAGCCGUCCCAAGUUAUCUGUCUCCCAGUGAUUUCCUUGGGUUUGUGGGCGAGAAGUGGAGAGACCAAGUUAGCCAUUACCGUAUGGUCAUGACGGGUCGGAUGAACAGAUACCUCGUACUCAUGAAAUUCCGGGAGAGCAAGCAAGCGCAGCUCUUUAGGCGCGAGUUUGACGGCAAAGUCUUCAAUGACAUCGAGCCAGAGACGUGCGCUGUUGCUUUCAUCAAAUCUGUCACAUUCGAGACUCCAUCUAGUCCGAACGACAAUUUUCCAGAUCUCAGUCAAGAUCCGUUCACUCCAUCUACUUCGGCUACAUCAAAUUCACUCAAGCCAUUCCCUCCGCCAACACCAAAUUUAGUUGAAUUACCUACCUGUCCCGUCUGUCUAGAGCGCAUGGACGACACUACAGGCUUACUAACAAUCCCUUGCCAACACGUAUUUCACUGCCUCUGUCUGCAGAAAUGGAAGGGGUCUGGUUGCCCUGUUUGUCGGCACACCAACCCGAUUGCCUCUUCAUCGAACGCCCAUGGAUCGAAUCCUUAUGACCCUGACGACCCAUACGUACAGCCUUUUGGCUCCCGCGUGUCUAACCUGUGCUCUGUAUGUGAUUCCCCCGACGAUCUCUGGAUAUGUCUCAUCUGUGGCAAUGUGGGCUGCGGACGUUACAAAGGGGGUCACGCGAAAGAGCAUUGGAAAGAAACGGCUCAUACUUUUUCCUUGGAGCUGGAGACUCAGCACGUCUGGGACUACGCUGGCGAUAUGUGGGUGCAUCGUUUGAUAAGAGAUAAGGGUGACGGAAAAGUAGUCGAGCUGCCUGGCCGUCAAGGAGAGCACAUAGGGCCUUCUGAAUACGAGGACCAGGACGUUGUACCCCGGGCCAAACUAGAGAGUAUCGGCAUGGAAUAUACUCACCUUCUUACCAGCCAGCUAGAGAGUCAGCGCGUAUACUUUGAGGAGAUGCUUUCGAAAGCGGCAGACAAGGCCACAAAGGCAUCAGCGGCUGCGGAGAAGGCUGCGGCCCAAGCAUCGGAAGCGCUGAAGGAGCUCAAAGCCAUCAAGGAAGAAGGGUACCACCAGCGCACCAACACGAUCCCAUCCCUAGAAAAAGAUGUGGAACGCGAGCGCAACCGCGCAACCAAGUCAACAGAGCUUGCAAGAGGACUAGGAAAGAGCCUUCAAGAGGAGAAGAAGGUAUCGGAGGGGCUCAUGAAACGGAUCGAACAUAUGAGCAAGGAGCUCAAGAGCCUCAGCGAGAAGGUCGAGGCGCUCAGUGCAGAGAACGCGGACUUGAAAGACCAGAAUCACGACCUGUCCAUGUUCAUCUCGGGCCAGGAAAAGUUAAAACUACUCGAGGCUGAGGGAAAGGUGGAGGAAGGUGAGGUUCAAGAAGGCAGUGUCUCGGUGCCUGAGGAUAGGAGAAAGCAGAAGGGAAAGAGGAAGGGGAAAAAUUAGUCUUCGCGGAUCCUUCAGGUUAGCUACCUAGGUACACACGGAUUUAAUACCAUUCGUAGCGGCAGCAGUAGGAGUAUCCUAAUUGUGUAGUAUAAGACCCAUCUACAGCGUUAAACAGUAAGUAGGCAUCGUUAUACUACUUACAUACUACCUACAUACUACAUAGCGGUUAACUUCUAGCGUACCUAGGUAUCUACCAACAACACUUGCCCCCCUUUAAAGAGGGUACUACUGUACAUUAGAGCCAUUGCGCUUCACGUUCUGCAGGUUUAAGGGGGCGGAUAAUUAUUUCGAUUACGAUACAUAUGUAUGUAGUUACCUACUGUACCUGUGUAAAUACGAGCGUAAUCUCACACGCCAUAAAUACGAGAAGAAUUAAGGAUGCUACUGCUGGGGAAAGCGCACUUUGGAAGUUUAGUUACUUGGGUAUCUAGUUAUCUACCUGCAAACAUUCAUAUGUGCUCUCAAUAUAUGUACAAUACAUGCAUGGCACCUGGUCCUGAGGAAAUGCGUACCUACGUACACAAACAACAACUUGAAUAUUGCGUAUCACAGAAUACCCAACAAAAACCAACAUCGAGAUACUACAUAUGUAGGUAGUUAGUACUACCACUUAUGUACUUACAUAAAUGUAGGUUCCACCC